GCGAGAUGACCAGUAUUAAAACACAACCGACAUGCAGUUAGGCUGCGUGUCACCGAGUAUAGAGCAGCAGUGAGGCUCUGAUAGCGCCGCUGCCAGAUGUCGGUGAACCUGCGGCUCUCCAGGCCCCUGCAGUGGAUGCGCGGUCUACAUUUCAGCUCCUGAAGAGAGAAAGAGAGCGCGAGAGAGAGAGAGAGAGAGAGGACGAACACAGAAGCAAGAAUGAGAAGACUUCCUGUCCUGGUCGCCCUCAUCUGGGUCUGCUCAGUAUUUUAUGUGGGCAUCUUUCUGUUUGUGGGAGGCUUCCUCCUAGUCAGGCUGGCGGUCAACAGAACGAGCACCUGUGCGGACGUCUUGUCUCCAGGAGCCCAGGUGAAAGGAGAUUUCUGCUUGAGUGAGCCACGCUUUCGCAGGGCAGUGGUCUUGAUCAUUGACGCCCUGAAGGCCGACUUCACCCGCUAUGAUCCAGAGAACACGGCACCCAAACCGUUCGAGAACAAGCUGCCGGUGUUAGAUGAGAUGGCAUCAUUACACCCCUCUCAUGCCAGACUCUACACCUUUCGGGCCGAUCCGCCCACCACUACCAUGCAGAGGAUCAAAGGCUUUACCACAGGUUCCCUGCCCACGUUCAUUGAUGUGGGGAACAACUUUGCAUCCAAUGCCAUUCUGGAAGACAAUCUAGUGCACCAGCUGGGCCAAGUGGGCAAGAGAGUUGUUUUUAUGGGGGAUGACACAUGGGUGGGUCUCUUCCCCAAGAAGUUUCACAGAUCACUGUCCUUCCCCUCCUUCAAUGUGAAGGACUUGCACACUGUUGACAACGGCAUUCUCCAAAACAUUUAUCCUACCAUGGAGGGGGAUGACUGGGAUGUGUUGAUUGCUCACUUCCUCGGUGUGGAUCACUGUGGGCACAGAUUCGGCCCGGAUCACCCUGCGAUGGCUGAGAAACUCUCCCAGAUGGAUGGAGUUAUCAGGUCAGUGAUAAAGCGUCUGAAGAGUGACACCCUGCUGGUGGUGAUGGGUGAUCAUGGAAUGACAGACACUGGGGAUCAUGGUGGAGAGAGCCAGAAAGAGACAGAUGCUGCUCUGUUUCUCUACAGUUCCUCUCCAUUAUUUCCAUCACCAGGCUCCCAGGUGGAACCUGAGGUAGUACCUCAGACUGAUCUGGUGCCCACGCUGGCACUUCUGCUGGGAGUUCCCGUUCCUUAUAACAGUGUGGGCCAGGUUCUUCUGCCACUUUUUCCUCAGAAUGGCUCUCGGGGUGCACCUACAGGACUCAGCCAGGCUGAGGCGCUGUGGAUUAACGUUAAACAGGUAAACCGCUUCUUGGAGACCUACUCUAAUAUGGCCAAAGACAUCCCACCAGACAGUCUGUCUCAGCUGCGGGCUGACUUCUCAAACAUUUCCUCCCGGUACUUGGCCGCUGUCCACAAGGGCCAUCUUCCCUCUCCUGAACUAGUCAUCUCCAUGCAGAACUAUCUGACAGCUGUCAGGGAGACUUGUAGAGCCUCCUGGGCCCGUUUUAACCCUUUCAAAAUGGCUGCUGGGCUCUUAAUAUUAGGAGUUGCCUGUAUGCUGUGCUACAUCCUUUCCGAGUUGUCUCAUGUAGUGAUUCAGGAAGGCCUGCUGAAGUGGCCCAUACUCUCAGGGUUGGUGGUGGGACUAGUAGUAGCUGCAGGUCAGCUGUUCUCACAAGGUUAUUUAGAGCUCUCGUGGUGUGUAGGAGCUGCAGCACUAUUUUCUGAAGUUUUGUUUCUAUGGAGGACUCAUGGAGUUUCUCCAAAAGGGAGGUGGUCACCUUCUGGCCUCCUCACGCCGGCCCUGCUGGUGCUUUUCCUCCGCUGUGCCUCCCUACUCUCGGACAGCUAUGUCAUCUAUGAGGGCAACGUGGUUACCUUCUUGCUCUUCACGUUAAGCAUCUAUGUUCCUCUCCGUCUAAACUGGGAUGGACUCCUGGUGCCACAUCCCCCACCAGACACCCAGAAGCCACCUCAGCUGCUCCCAACAGCACUGCCGUCCUCAGUGGUUAGACGGCAGGCCACCAUCUUGUUGGUGUGGUUGGGAGUGCUGGUGGGAUCGCUCUACCUAUCCCUCUCCUUCCACAACUGCCGAGAGGAGCAGGGCACCUGCCAGCCCUCACCUUUCCUCUCCCCGCUCUCACGAGUACAGAACAGCCAACUGCGCAACCUCCACUAUGUCCUCUCUGUUGGCUCACUGGCCUUGUGGGGGUGCCUUCUACAUCGAUGGCUCAGACAUUACGGGAACCUUAACUGUACUAGUGUGACUCUGUUGUCAGCCUGCUUCCUUAUGGCCUGUGUUUGCAUGGGGUUGCACUGGGCGGUGAGCGCCACCCCCGAAGACACCUUCAGGAGUUUGUCCGAACUCAUCGGCCUAGCUCAAGUGUUCCUGCCUCGGGCCACUUUCUGCCUGCUAGGCCUGGGACUGCUCCUGUUGUGGGUGGACCCCAUGACAGUGUUCCUCAAGUCAAGGACCCCAAUGAACUCUCGAGGAACAUCCCUGCCACCCCCCAAGUACCGAGCCAGUACGGGAAUCAGUCCGCAGGCUGAACUGCACCACCUCAUACCACAGUUGUAUCAGCGCAUCCGGCACUCGCUGGAGGACGAGGCUACGGAAAGUGGCGAAACUGAUAGCAGGCCAGCUGUGGAGGCUUACGGGCUGGGUACAGUGUACUCAGCCCCCUUGGUUCUGCUUUGUGGACUCCUGGGGUUGGUGCUUCUGCUGCUCCAUCCGGAGGGAAUGGCUCUUGCCUUCCUGCUUCUCCUGCUAGAGGUUGGAGCCGUGCUGCACAUCCAUGCCUGUAGCACCAACCUCUCCAGCCUUCACAAGCACUCCAAUGGUUUUAGUGUGCCAUGGGCUCCAGUGGUUUCAUGGUCUCUGGCAGCCACCCAGUUUUUCCACACAACAGGACACCUCCCAACUUUCCCCUCCAUUCAGUGGGGUGCUGCAUUUGUAAGCUUUCCUCAAGGUCACACAGGCACUGUGCUUCCUGCCUCAUUGGUGACCCUCAACACCUUCUCCUCUCACAUCAUCUUUGCAGUUGGUUGUCCUCUGCUGCUGUUCUGGCCUCUGGUGUGUGAGGUGCGUGGGACCCGAUCUACGCACUCAGCAGGAGUGGAGGAGAGCGAGGACGCUGUCAUGGAGAUGAGACUGAGAGAGAACCCUCAGAAGUUCAGCUCGGGUCUCCUGCAGCUCGCUGCACGCCACCUCUUUGUGAAUGGAGCGCAGGUUUUUGCAUCGGUUUGUGCUGCAGCCAUCCUCAGGAGACACCUCAUGGUGUGGAAAGUGUUUGCACCCAAAUUGAUGUUUGAGGCAUCGGGCUUCAUCGUGGGCAGUGUGUUCCUGAUACUGGAGGUCGCCAUGGUGAUGAGGGUGGACGUUUCAGUGGGUGGGUUAUUUAAGAAACUCCUCCCUCAGAACUCCAGGUAGCACUGGCUACCCUGACCACGCCCCCUUUUCCGUCCUACAAGCCCAAUCCUGACCUCUUCAGAGAUGUGCUGGUCAUCCUCCUCAACUCCACUGCCAACCAUACGAAAGGAAACCAGAUUUGUUUUGCAUCUGACUUUUGUCUGUUUUGGACCAAAGAGGUCUAAAGCAUCUAUUCAUUUUCCGAAUACGUGAGAGAAGUCAAUAAACCGAAGCUCAUAUUUUAUAAAAUCUUUCAACAAGCUGUUGAACUGUCAGCCUUUGUUGCUCUGCUGCCUUUUUGUAUUGAAGAAGAGAGAGAAAAGAUGAUCUUUGUGCAUGCCUUUUUACUGCCAUUUUCCACAAGGUCAUUAUAGAGAUGAUAUUAAGUUAUUAUAUUGAAGGGCUACCUGAAAUCCACAGUGUUGCUAUGGUAUGAACACACCCCCCCCCGCUGUUUAAAUAUUUAAAG